AUGGCCAAAAAAGACAACAACGCCAUCGAGGAGAACAAUGCCUUAAUGGCUAAUGGUCGCCAACAGGCGAAACCGAUGCACGAUGAAACGUUUCGCCAAUUUUUAUACAACAAAGAGCGAGGCACUUGUCUGGGACGUGAUGCAAAGAGUUGGGCUCAAAUCACAAUCUUCUAUGUGAUCUUUUAUGCAAUCCUCGCCGCUUUUUGGAUCGGUUGUUUGUGGAUAUUUUUGAGCACUUUGGAUGAGAAAACCCCACGAUUCUAUGGAAAAGGAACGAUCAUCGGAGUGAACCCUGGACUUGGCUAUCAACCGUGGAUAAAGGAGAACCCCGAUUCGACUCUCAUUCAAUUCAAUCUACAGGACGCUUCCACAUACAAGCCAUACGUUGAGCAGAUGAAAGAAUACCUAAAGAAAUAUCAGAAGACAAACGGCACCCGUACUUGCACAGGCUCCGAAUCGAACAAGGCACUUCAGCCAAGUGAUGGAUCCGAAUCAGCUUUGCCUUGCGAGUUCCGCUUGAAAGUCUUCGAUGAAGGCAAAUGCUCGGAAGCUGACGCCUAUGGAUACAAAAGUGGAAAGCCUUGCGUGAUUCUUUCGCUCAAUCGUCUGAUCGGCUGGCAGCCCGUCGACUACCCAGCCAACUCAGUGCCAAAGAAAGUGCAAGGCCGAUACAGGAACGGAUCGAUCGCCAUUCAUUGCGAUGGAACGAAUGACAUCGACAAAGAGCACAUUGGCAAGUUGAGCUAUUUGCCGCCAGAGGGAAUCGAGGGAAAAUACUAUCCAUACUCUUUCGUCGAGAACUAUCAUCAACCAAUUGCGAUGGUCCGUUUCGAUACUCUUCCCCGAAACAAGCUCGUUUUGGUCGAGUGCCGCGCAUAUGCUCUGAACAUUGAGCAUGACAUUACUUCUCGGCUAGGCCUCGUCCAUUUCGAGGUCUUCGUCCAAGACAAGAAGCCCGAAGCGAAGAAAGAGUUG